AUGUCUUUUAGCCUCACAGCUUCAUGCCCGAGGGCGACUGCUCGUCAGUUCCUCGUGGCCUCAAGAGCCUUUUCCACGUCGGCUCAUGCUCUCGAACAAGUCCCUCCCGAGUCCCCCUCAUAUAUCCGCUUGCCUACACCACCACAGUCCGAAGAGAAGAAGCUUCCCCGGGUCAGAGGUCACCUCCCCGUACCUCGAGAGAUCUUCCCUCGUAUGGAGGGUGACCGCAAGAUUCGAGCCGAUUACAUCAAGCAAACCGUUCCUAAGCCGGCCCACAAGCAAAAACCCAUGAACGAGACACAAGAAUGGAAGCAAACAAUGGCCAACUCCCGUCGGCAGAACCUGGAAACUGGUUUGAAGGAACUUUGGGUACGAAGGAACCGACGUGAUGCUGUUCAGAACGAGCGUGUGAGCCACAAGUUUCUCGAGAACCACCGGGCUGUUAAAGCCCCAGAACGAGAGGAUGAUCGCCUCACCCGUAGCACAGUGCUGAAGGCAGUCUUGGACACCAAGACUUACCCUGACUCUAAACGCUUCGCUCGUGCCAAAGAGAGCCGCGUCAAGGUCAAGGCCAUUGAGGAAGCUAAGCGCGAGGCUCGCCGCGAUGCGUUGAUGGAGCUCUACAUCAAUGCCUCCAACUUCAUUGUCAAUGAGAGUGAGCUCAAGGAAGAGAUCGAUACCAUAUUUGCCGAAGACUUCUUCCACAAGCAAGGCUUCGACAUCGGCCGAUAUGGUUCAGCCCAGAACACAUGGGACGUCUGGGGCAAGCCAACAUCGAUUGGCAACAUGUUGGAAACAACAACAGGAGUAUCCACCAAGAUUAUGGACUUCUACGAAACCGAGUACGACCGCUCCGUCAAGCGACAGAAGAGAAUUGCCGAGGAGUUCACCGGUGGAAAGAUGGAAUAG